AAAAAUAAAAGAACGAGACAGAAAAAUAAAGAAAAGAAAGAGUGCGAGAGAAAGAAAAGGAUGGAACGUAAGACUCGAGACCUUGAGUAAGGAGAAGAUUGAGUGAACCACCGUCGGGGGAAGAGUUCGUAAAGUGGACCGUCGGAGAUUCACUGCAGCCAGAAAACUCGCCGCUACCACCGCCGCCCGCUACCACCUUGUCAUACGUACGUCAGUCGUCUUUGAGAAGGUGAAUAAACCGGUGAGAGUGCCUAAUUGGGGGAUUAGCUACACGAUACUUGGAGCUUGAGAUGAGUAUGCUUUGGAUGAUGAUAUGCUAGCUUGAGUUCUUGAGGGCGCUAUUUAGAGACAUCUUCAUUAAUAAGGCUUUACUUUACGAGCUUUUGGUUUAAGAACAUGUAGAGGACAUCUUUACUUUUCAAUUUCCCUCACUUUAGAAUAUUUGGACAAGUAUUUUUUUUUUGGUUAGCCUGUGCACUUAGCUAUGGAUAUGUUAAGUGUGGCGGCAACACGCUCAAUUUCCUUUUUGUUAUUCCGCUGCAACAUUUUAGGUAUUCCUAAAUAAAGUUCAUCAUAAAUUAUUAUUUCAAGGUUUAUUUUGGGUGGGAAAUUGGGGGUGUUAAGUAUUCCCCUCCCAGCUAGCUCGGCCGCCUCACAUCCAGCCGGUCGCUGCUGAUAGCUCCGUUUCAGAGCCACCGAGCUCACGGUCGCUCCACCAGCACUCCGGUCGCCAUCCAUUCUGAAAAGUUCAGAGAGAACAAAAAUGGGUCUGAAAUUUCAGAUCUAGACUUCUGGUUGAGCAACUAGACCAUACAUCCAUACACUCCCAGCCGGAGAUAUCAUCACCCAACCACCGGAAAUAGCCGCCUCGCCUAGCUCGCUGCAGAUCUCGUCGGAACUCCGCCGGCAGCCAGCCCCGCCACCUGCAAAGCAGAACCGCUGCUCACAACUCGUUCCUCGAGCCCAUUCUUCUAGACCAUUAACUUCAACGCCGCUUUAUGCUCUGGGACCCCUUAACCCUUCCGUUGAAUUUUCAACACCAUUACGAGGUUCUCAAAUCUCAAGCAACAUGCAGUACUGCUCUCUCACACGUUUGUCUCCUCAACCUGCGAAUCUAUGACCUGGAUUUCUGUAAAACCGCGACCUAGAGGACUGAAGGCCCGCCAUUAAUGGCGGUUGAGAACUUUGACAGCUGUGCUUAAGCUUCACGGACUCCUACACAGCCAGGGGGAGUCAUGGCAGACACAGUGCCCCGCUGCUCGAUUGACGAAUUGUCUUUCCAGAACUGAUUUAUCGCCGCCUGAAGCUGCGCUACAGCCGUCCUCACCGGUUGGUAGCCGCUGCAAAGAUUCCUACAAGAGGAAGGUGACAGGCUACACUCUUGGUCACCGCCCACAGAGCUAAUUAGAGCGUUUCGUGGACCUGGCCAAAGUUAUUAGGCGGAGCAGCUCACUAAGGAAUCAGGUCCAAUUUUUUCAUCAGCUCACGGUCUAAUAUUUCAGUCCACUUCAAAAAGAUAAGUACUCUUCAAUUUUCAUAUUAUUUAUAUUUAUUUGAAUCAUUUUUUCAUCGGGUGAAUGUCAAACUAUCACGCACUUAUGACCAAAUGCCUAGUAAAGUGUGGCUUGAGACCCAUCACUAGGAUUCCAAGCCCUGACCCAGCUCGGGCACAAAGCACUGACCCAGCUCGAGCACAAAGCCCUGACCAAGUCGGGCACGAAGACCGGUCUUAGUCAUUCUUCGAGUGGCGACCGUUGCUUACGAAUGGCUCACACAUCCACACUACUAAGGGGGUGUUUGGAACCGAUUCUGCUUCUUUUUUAAAGCAGAAGCAGAAUUAGAAUCAGUUUUCAGAAGUUGGUACCUACCAGCUUCUAAAAAAAUUGAUUCUGAGAGUAAAUUAGAGCACCAGAAGUGCUUCUCGAAUUUCACCCAAACACUCCAGCUUCUGCUUCUGCUCCUUAAAGGAGCAGAAUCAGUUUUGAGAAUCAGAUCCAAACACCCCCUAAGUAUUUUAUCAUUACAUUGGCAAUUCACAUUUCCACUUUUUUCAAGUAACAAACUCCCAACCGGAAACAUAAAUUCCAAGGAAAUAAAUUAAUAUGUAUGUUAAAUGUGUAGGUACAAAGAUGACUUUACUUAUUUUCACCUUGUCUCCACUCGCCUCAAAGAGUGGGGGACUGGGGGACUGAGGGGUCAAAGUUUCUAGAUGAGCAGAAAAUAUCACGCAUGAGCAGGAACGAAAGUUGAGUCAGAUGAAGAGGAGUUGAGCUAGACAAAAUUGAUUAUGCCAAAGGGGACUUGCCUUCCUUGUUUCAUGUUGGGGGCACUAGGUGUACUCUUUUUCCCUUUAUUAGGAUUUUUUCCUACUGGGUUUUUUCCUAGUAAAAGUUUUUAACGAGACACCUCCCCAUCAUGGACAAGGGUGGUGAUCCCUCGGCCAAAGAGGAAGAAACCAAAGACAGAAGAACGUUGUUGCAGAUACAAUUGUGGACUACUCCCUUUCGCCUCGAGUACUCUCGGAUCAGGGAGUGGAGGACUUCUGAUGGAGUAUAUGGACUCCGACCCCCCGGUCUGCUUACUAUUGGGCCUGGACAGCGGUUCACGUACUCCAGCAGACAACAAUUAUAUUACUGUAUAGUUUACAUAUUCAUUUAUGUAACUAGGUCUGUCCGGCCCAUAUUAGAGGCCCAGACCCGGAUUUCCCUAUAUAUACUCCUUAUAGGAGGCUUGUAAACAGAAUAAGCAAUAUUCAUUCAUUAUAUACACAUUCAUCAUUUCUU